AAAAGACGCUGUCUGACAAGGGUCUUGCUACCACAGGUGUGCACUACUGACAGGAGAGGGAAUCGUCCAUGUGAACCAGGUUUUACUCAGUCCGUCCGACUCAGUCACGUGAUUCCGGCAAAACAAGGCCCCGUUUGUCAUUGGUCACGUGACAGUCGGGUUAACGGCACCUGCUUCGGAGCGAGGCUUUGUUUGGGAACUUUCCCUCUGCUCAAACUCGGGUUUCACAGCUGCGUUCGUUGCUAGCUCGCCGCUGACCGCGCUGUGAGUGAACAUCCAGUCAGCUGAGGAUUGCGAUGGAUGCCCUACCAUGCUAGGACCAUGUUCAAAAAUGUUUUCGGCUCAGGCUUUCUAGUAAGGACCGCUCACGUCAUUCUGACAUGGGUCAUAACCUUAAUACUCUUCCUGCAUGAUACAGAGCUGCGGAAGCAGGAGGAGACAGGCCAGCUCGUCCAGCCUGUGCUCUUCGUCCUGCUGGUGCUGGUGUCCGUGCUGCUUUAUUUCACCGUCUCUCUGAUGGACCCAGGCUUCAUCUUGUCUGAUGACAGCGACUUGCAGUUCACCCUGGGAAUGACAGAUGAGCAGCAGGACAUGAUCCCACCUACGACCAAAACCCUGCGCCAGCGCCGCUGUGGCCACUGUCUCCUGCAGCAGCCAAUGAGAUCCAAGCACUGCCAGACGUGUCAGCACUGUGUCCGGCGUUACGACCACCACUGCCCCUGGAUUGAGAAUUGUGUUGGGGAGAGGAACCACCGCUGGUUUGUCCUUUACCUAGCCAUCCAGCUGCUGGUACUGCUGUGGGGGCUGCACAUAGCCUGGACAGGUUUCAGCUAUGUGCCCACGUGGCAGCUGUGGCUGCGGACCAACAGCGUGCUGCUGGCCGUGGCCGUGCUGGUAGCUCUGCUCUCGCUGAUUGUGCUGCUCCUGCUCGGCUCUCACCUCUACUUGGUUUCUCUCAACACUACCACCUGGGAGUUCAUGUCACGUCACCGCAUCUCUUACCUCAAACACUGUGGUAUAGAUGAAAACCCAUUUGACCGCGGCACCUUCCACAACCUUUGGGGUUUCUUCUGUGUGUGGGGGACAGUGGUGUGGGAGCAGGUGUACUUCAGGGAGGGCAGCGACCAAGUCUAGGAAUGUGACGAACAUUAAUAGACUGAAAUGACUGGAUUGCACUGAAGAACAACCUUUUCUGCAUUGUGGGAUCAUGCACCUGACCACAGUGUUAAGGUAAAACUAUCCUUGUGUGCAGUUUACCGUUUUAUAUGGGCACUUGUGUUGUUGUGCCAUAGCCCUGCAACAUUCCCCUUCUCCUUGACCUUCUUUCCUCUCAGUGGUUCAAUACUGCAGUGAAGUGCUUGCUAUUUUUCCUUAUUUAUAACCAUUCAAGCAUAGUGUUUCCCUAAAACAGGCAGUUAUCCACAGGCACCUCCUUGGCCACUUUUAAAGUCUGAGUGAAGCUAGUAUUAAAGCCCUGUUGACUCGAGCUUUGUUUUUGCACCCACACUCUGCUUGACCCUGUUUAUGUGAAGAGUAAUUAUCUAGUCUCAUUAUGAGGGUCACAUGAUAAAUGGACUGUUCAGUUUACUCUUGAUACAUGUCAAAUAUUGCAUCAACCUCUGAAUAAAAUGACUUGUUUUAGGUGCAUGUGUAGACAGUCCAGAUCCAGGGUUGGUUAUCGUCUCCUCCUCCCUAUAAAAAGUGGUACAUGGUCAGGUUUAGUGUACAAAGUUUUACCCCGUUCAUGUCGCUGGGUCCUAGUUAUUCUACACUGAGGCUGUACAGGGUCCACUUGCUUCAGCAGCCUUUCUCUUUAAGUAGCUGUGAGACCAAGUGAGAGAGUUGUUUUUUGGCAAACCUCAGCUGGUUUGAAAUAAGGCGGCAUGAAAAACUGUACUGUAUUGUUUUUUAGCACUUACUCCAAGAGGUUGCUUUGACUUUCACUGGACAGCAUUUUAGACGAUUUUAUAUUGUAUAUAGUUUAAAAACUAUUUUCAACUCAAAUGUCUUUAGACUUUUGUAUGUGUUUAAACUGGGAGAACACAAAAUAGAAAGCUGUGAGAACAAAACAUUUCCAUUUGAGCUUUUCCUUGUGCAAUAGUAACCUUGUAAGACAGCAAUAAAUGUGGUGUUGAGUUUAAUGUACAGCGGUAGUGUUGGACAAACUGCAGAUUGCCUCCUAAUAGAGGUCUGGUUUAUAUGAAUUAACAUUUAAUUCAUGUUGUGUACUUCUUGGUUAUAUGCAAUACAGACAUGCAAUGUUUUUUAACUUUGAAAAUACAGUAUACAUUAAUAAAAUGUUUUGUGAAGAGUUUCCUGAUCAUUCAGUAUCCAGCAGAUAUACAUUUUAUUAUUUUCUUAUAUCUUUGUUCUAUACAAGGACAACCAUCACAAGAGCAUUAUUAUUUCAAAACAUUCAAGUACAGUUGUGUUGACUAAGAAAUAGCACAGAACCUAAAAAAUGUGGCAAUUUUCAGUAUAUUACAUUCCAACAAUAGGUUAGUUAACCACUGAUGGACAUGUGAUUAUAUCAAGUAGAAAAUGUACACUGAAUGCUUUGUCCUUCAGUCUUAGAUCACAAAUAUUUACAGUGUAGUUCAUAAGAUGGAGAAGGCAGUGUUGACAUUGUGAUCAUAACUGGUACAAAAUCUAUUUGUAAAAAAAAAUUCCUGAGCCAAAAUUCAUGUUGAGGGUAAACGGCAAAUCUUUAGCCUUGUGGCCAUACUGCUUGAGGAUAACAAGUUAACAGUUAGCUCUAAUUCUUUGGCAGAGCAAAAAAAGUAAACAAGUUAAAUGUUCUACCAUGAAAUCAGAUCCAGUGUCAAAGUGUGGCAGUGAUGUGUGACAGGCUGAGUUUGCUGAAGUGUGUGGACAUGGAACAGACAGGAAUGUAGUUUCUAAACUUCUGUGGAGUCAGAAGAAUUAAAAAAAAAAAAAAAAAAA